AUGGUAUACCAAACGCCAUGUGUUUUUUCUUUCCACAACUGGUUUUUGUUUCGUAUAUUUAUUGAACUUCAAUGUUUGUAUCCUACAAAGUACUUUCCUAUUAAGAACGCUGGAGAGCGGGUGGCGAUGGUUGGUGACGGUGUUAACGAUUCACCAGCACUGGCUUCUGCUGAUGUCGGUAUUGCGAUCGCUGCCGGUAGCGACGUAGCUAUUGAAAGCGCCGGUAUAGUUCUGGUCCGAAAUGAUCUCAUUGAUGUAGUUGCCGCCAUAGAGCUGUCAAAGAAGACGACCAGAAGAAUCAGGCUCAAUUUUCUUUUUGCAAUUUUCUACAACGCUAUUGGAAUCCCAAUUGCUGCAGGAGUCUUCCGCCCUUUCGGAUUCAUGCUGCAACCGUGGAUGGCUGCAGCCGCUAUGGCUUUGAGUAGUGUAUCUGUUGUAACCUCGUCGCUCCUACUAAAAGCAUACAAGAAACCAACUUAUGGCUCUUUAUAUAACAGUGAGUUUAAACAGCAUGCAAAGGCAUUGGAAGCGGGUCAAUUCAAUGUGCGAGUACAUCGUGGUCUCGAGGACACUGGAGUAUUUCGAUCCGGCUCACGCCUUUCAGUCCUCUCGAGUAAAAUGGGUUCACUCUUGGGGUCAACGACGAGUAUCAUAAGCGGUGCCGGGAGCAAACGAACAAGGUAA